GAUCGGAUCUUUUGGCUCUCCUCCUCCAUACUUCUUCUUCCCCUUUGAUAGAUAGCUUUAUACCUCCAUGAAUGGAGUUCAAGAGUUGUAAUAUGUAAUUGGUGAGGAGAGCAUAUUAAUGAAAAAGAGCGGGCUUGGACGUUAGCCUAAAAAGUCCCGUGGUUUUCUCCCUUUCCGGGUUUCCACGUAAAAAUAGCUAGUUCAUACACCUUAUAUAUAUUUUAUUUAUGUUUAUACUGAAUCCAUCGUCCUUAAUAUCCGAAGUUUAUGUUGGGCUUUCGGAUCUGCGGGACAAAACCUCAACAUUGGCGCCGUCUGUGGGAAACGCUUCAGAAAGAUUCAUGUGUUCUUGAUGCUCGGCAAAUUUUCUGGUAUGAGUCUGCAAAUUUUUUGAUACCAAGAGCUACUAAUUUCAGCAGGAAACGAAGGAGAAAAUAGAGAAGAAAUUUCAGAUCCAAUCCAGCGGUGUGUGGUCGUUGUUCAAAUCACUCCUGCCACACUCCGGAAGUAAUUGAUAAGGCCGAAGCAGGAGGCCAAAAAAGGUUGACUUAAGUGCAAAGAACUAAAGAAAAUGUGAAGUGGGGCCCAUGCACCCACUAGCUUGACACAAAGAGGAAUACAUAGCUAUAUCAUUCUAUCCUCACGUGGAAGGCCUGACAACAAAACACAAGUGGGUGAUGUGAUGUAGUCACCCUUAUCCAAAAUUAAACGCCGACUCCCGAACGAGAGAUCCUCGAACCCCCGAACGAGGGAGCCCCAGGAGGCCAUCAGUUCACCUUCAUGCAUGGAGGAUCCCGAGCCUGGAAUGGGAGGUCUCAAGGCCCCACACCAUCAGCAGGAAAGAAUAACCGUUUUGAAACAGCAGAUGUCCGAACGAGAUUUCCCCGAACGUCCUCCAAAGGGGCUGAUCAGGCCAAACAUCAACGAUGCAAACAUUUAUCCCUGCCCGAUCGGGCAAAAGUAAUGACUUUCCAAUCUUCAAAUGCAAUACAUAGACCAGGCGGACUGGUCGGGCAUCGAAUGGCUGGUCUCGGAGUCUUUGCUUCCGAAAUUAUUUCUGGCAGGAGUGAGAAAAUACAAUUUUGACAAAAACACCAGAUGGAUUAUCUCCCGAACGGCAGCCCACCACUCGGCCGCAGACCAACAACGGACUCCCAAGGUCUUAUCAGCAAUGGAUGUCAUGAAGCUGCCACCCCAGUUCAAGUACCGCUCAGCCAUCAGGCGGGUGCCGUUGAUUACUUGCCGGUCAGCGGUAGAACACCGACCAGCACCUCGCGGCCCUGUCCGGCUUGAACCGUAGUUACUCGGGCCACCCGUCCGGCCAAACCUUCGCCGGGGAAGUGUCUGCUCGCUCCAAGAUCUCUGGCCACCAGAACGAAUUGGCUGCCCGGUCUUCUAGAGUUUUCUGAACCGACGGCCGGUGGGCUUAAGUAGCCGGAGCAAAUCAAAAGGGAAUACCUUCACUGGACGGGAAAAUCCUGAAACCAGAACACCCCACAAACCGCCCUGCUCACCAGGAAAUCACCUCUCGGAUAAGAACUGUUGGUCCCAGAUUAUGCAGACUAACACGCAGCUAGAUGGAUUUCAUCGACACACAGAAAGAGAGAAGAUCUGAUAAUGAUAAGGCAAUAUCGAGAACAAGGAAAUUCUUCUUUCUGUUUUAUCGAGAAGUAAAUUUGGCAGCGUAAGGCUAAUGUGUAUUGAUCGAUAUCGGUACCUGUACACAAGGCGCAUAUUUAUAGGCGCUGUACAGGUUACCGAUUUAGGUAAACCUUGGAAGUUGGGCCAAGGCCUUUUUGGGCCUUAUUCCCUUUACCUUAUUUGCUACAUAAUAAAUACUAAUCUAAUACCAUAAAUAGUAUAACUAGUCUACUUUAUUUAAACAAGACAUUACAGACAAACUUGACCCACAAUAAAAGUUCUAACAAUCUCCCCCUUUGUGGUCAAGUGCCGUCUUG